AUAUUUAGAGGAUACAUUGAUUCAUUACAAUUUACAAACACCUAUAAUUGAUUAAUUGUCAUGACUCAUGAGAAUAUGAACUCAAUUAUUCUACGUAUCUUCUAUUGAAUUUACCAUUUUUAUGAGAUUCCUUUCAAUAUUUAGAAUCUCUCUCUUUCUCUCUCUUUUAAUCAUUUUAUUCUUACACACUUCCGCCCAAUCCAGUGCCAAGAGCAGAGUGAAUUAAAGAAAUGGGUGUUGCUACUGAAGAAAUUAGCACUCCUGAAAGGUUGCAGGGAAAAAGGAAUGCUGUGAUAGUUUGCUGGUUACUUGGAUUAGGGACACUCUUAUCAUGGAACAGUAUGCUGACAAUUGGAGAUUACUAUUACAAUGUUUUUCCAAAUUAUCAUCCUUCAAGGGUACUCACACUUGUGUAUCAACCAUUUGCUGUGGGAACUAUGGCAAUACUCGCGUAUAAUGAAUCGCGACUUGAUACUAGAAAGAGGAACAUAGCUGGAUUUGUUCUGUUCUUCAUUAGUACUCUGGGUUGUCUAUUGUUAGAUGUAGGAACAUCUGGAAGAGGAGGAGUUGGGCCUUAUGUAGGUUUAUGCUUACUUGCUGGCGCGUUUGGAGUUGCAGAUGCACAUGUUCAAGGUGGAAUGUGCGGGGACUUGGCUUUUAUGCCGCCUCAAUUUAUUCAAUCAUUCUUUGUUGGUUUGGCUGCUUCUGGUGUUAUAACCUCUGGUUUAAGGCUAGUGACGAAAGCAGCAUUUGAUAAAUCUAAUGAUGGCCUACGCAAGGGUGCUUUAUUGUUUUUGUCUAUCACUGUUGGAGUUGAGUUUUUGUGCAUUUUUUUGUACGCGUUUUACUUCCCAAAGUUGCCUGUUGUCAAGUACUUUCGUGUAAAGGCAGCUUCAGAAGGGUCUAAAACAGUUACAUCUGACCUUGCAGCUGGUGGUAUUAACCAGAUUGAGGAUAGUGCGAAAGUUGAAGAUCGUUUUACACUCAAACAAUUGAUAUAUCAAAAUUGGGAUUAUUUUUUGGGUUUAUACCUAAUAUAUGUGCUGACAUUGUCAAUAUUCCCUGGUUUUCUAUAUGAAAAUACAGGAACUCACAGAUUAGGGGAAUGGUAUGCUGUUGUGUUGAUUGCUAUGUACAAUGUUUUGGAUCUAAUAGGAAGAUACACUCCCCUUAUAAAGUUCAUAAAAUUGGAGUCUCGGAAAGGCCUAUUGAUUGCAAUCCUGGCUCGUUUCCUCUUUGUUCCCGCAUUUUACUUCACAGCUAAGUAUGGUGAUGAAGGGUGGAUGAUAAUGCUCACAUCUCUGUUGGGUUUCACCAAUGGCCAUCUCACAGUGUGUGUGAUGACAGUCGCGCCCAAGGGUUACAAGGGUCCAGAACAAAACGCGAUGGGGAAUUUGCUUGUUUUAUUCCUGUUAGCAGGUAUAUUUUCUGGUGUUUGCCUUGAUUGGCUGUGGAUCAUAGGCAACGGAAAGUUCUAGUAGAGAUAAAAUACAAGACAUGGUGAGCCACACUUAAUAAAUAGCUUUGCUAGCUUCUUUAAUCUUUAAGGGAUAUACAAACAAUAUUCCACAUUAUUUCUUAUCGCCUUGAAACUCUAGGUCGUGAACUGUGGUGAGCUGAUAGAUUGAACAAUACAAUUCACUAGAAGCAGGGAAGUUGUGCAUAGUUUGAUUUAUUAUAUUGAUACUUGGAAAGAAAUGUCUCUGUUAUCAAUUGUAUACAUGUGUUUCUUUUUCGGUUAUCCUUGUUGAGAA